UCUUGCCCGCCUCUCCCAGAGCGGAGCCUUAAGGCAGGAGGAACUGAGAAAUGACCUCGAGGACCCCGUGGGUUCCUGAAAAAGGGGUUGCUUGUCUAUCCCGCCCUUCCUCCAAGGAGUCCAGGGCGGCGUUCAAGGUUCUUUCUCCCUGUCCUCACACAGCAUCCCUGUUGUGGUUGUUGGGACGAGAGGUUGAGACUGUGACUGCCCGAGGUUCCCCAGUGAGCUUUGUUGACUGAACAGGGGUUUAACUCAAGUCUUCCCGCUCCCAGCCCGGCAUUCUAAGCACUACACUGCAAAUCCUGAUGUCUUCCACUGAAUUUAAGGCUCUGUCGCAGGAUGAACUCCGGAAAAGACUGUAUCAGACAUUUAAGAACCGAGGAGUUUUGGAUUCACUUAAGACACAGCUUCGAAACAAGCUUGUACAUGAACUAAUGAAUCCAAUUUUAAGUGGAGAAGUUCAGCCACAAGUUGUUACUAGUAAAUGCAGUUCAUUGCUGAUUGGGGCUUCCAAUAGUCUGGUGGCGGAUCACUUACGCAGAUGUGGCUAUGAAUAUUCGCUGUCUGUCUUCUAUCCCGAAAGUGGAUUAGAAAAGAAUAAGGUGCUUACUAUGCAAGAUCUCCUGCAACUGAUUAGGAUCAAUCCAAAGACUGACCUUUACAAAGCACUGAUUUCAGCUUCAGAAAAUGACAGUUCAAAAGGCUUUCUUGUACAGAUUUUAAUGGAAUUGAUGGAGCAUAGUCUUUGUAAGGAGAGCUGUAAUACAGAAACUCAGACAAGUCCCACACCUCUUUAUAAGGAAUCCCUUGCUGAGAAACUUCAACUGAUUGAUGAACAAUUUGCAGACAAAUAUCCUCAGUAUCACAGAUUUGAGUCAUUGGAAGUAAAACUUGCUGAAUAUAGAAAAGAAAUAGAAGAGCAGCUCCAGGAAGAAAUGACUCAAAAGUUAAAGUACUUCAAAGAGGUUGAAGUAGCCAAAAUUAAAAUGGAAGAGAGAGCACAAUCACAGAAAGAAAUUUCUGAGCUUCGUAAAGAAUUUGAAAAAGCUCACCAAGCCAAGUCAGAGGCUCUUACUUCCCGUGAACGAAAUGCUAUUGAGAGACUUCAGAAGCAGCAAGAGAUUGAUGGAAAGGAGAUUUAUCUGCAAAGGCAAAGUCUGUUGAAAGAUAUUGAAACAAUAAGAACCCGAGAGGCAGAAUUGAAGCAGAGAAUAGAAUCUUUUGAACUUGCUCAGAAGCUGCAAGAGUCAAAAAAUAAAACCAUUGAAGAUGCACUUCAUCGUCGUGAGGUAGCCGUGAAGAAUAUUGAGGAGACUUAUGACCAGAAACUUAAGAAUGAACUCCUAAAAUACCAGCUUGAACUAAAUGAAGAAUAUAUAACCAGAACCAAGAAAAUUGCUGAAGAUGAGAAAAAAAACAAAGAAAAAGCUGCGCUUUUACAUGAAGAGACCAUUUAUGUGAAUUCAAAAAAGGAAGAAUUCAGAGAAGCUGUAUCACGUGCAAAAGAGCUUGCGGUGGAGCUGGAUUCGGUCAAGGCUCAGGUUUUAUUAUUAAGUAAGCAGAAUCAGUUGUUGUCAGGAAAACUGAAAGAAGUGUCAGAUUAUCCCUUGCUAAAAGAAGAGAAAAUGGAGUUUCAGGUGCAGAAUAAGCUGCUCAAACAACAGUUAGAGGAGGCGCAUAAUGAACACCUACAACUCCGAGACAAGAUGACUCAGCCAUCAUCUGAAUAUAUGGUUCUUCAAGCAGAACUGAAAAGAGUAGAACAUGCUAGGAAGCUUGAACAUGAUGAGUCUGAAACUCAUAAGCAGCUCAUGGAAAAGCAGUUACAGAAUGAGAUGGAUCAUUGUGCACAAUUAAAGUCCCAGCUGUCUGAAUGUGAAAAUACUAUCAGAAAGUUAAAUGUGCAAAUGGAAGACUUGAAGUUACAACUGAAGCAAACACAGACAGCACUAGAGAAUGAAGUCUAUCGGAAUCCUAAGCCCUCUCUGGUGGAUCGUUCUAUCAUUGACUUGCCUGAUGACAGGAUUGUGCCACAUGAUAUUUAUACAGAUGGUGCUUUUUUAAAAACGCGGCCUGUUAUUUUUGGAACUGGAAAUGGUACAAAUUUCCAGAAUCAUCAUCAUGCACUGCAAUACAACACUUCACCAGAUUCUGAUUUAGAAUUUGUAGCCAAUACCAAGACUAGGAUAAAAGAAUUGGAAAGAGAAGCUGAAUAUUUGGAAGAGGCCUACAGGAAUUACCAACACAGAGUAACUCAAAGCACAGUUGGCCCAGGAAAGGCUCCAUCCUCUUCACCUUUACCAAGUAACUUUACCAUGCCACCUCGCCAAAGACUGUGGUUUGCACAGGAUGAUCCUCACUCUCAGCAAUUGCCCCUAGGUGGAUUAAAAAGUGAAAUGCCUUAUUGGGCAUCAGCAAAAGGGGAUCACUUGAAAGAUCAUCUAAGCCCUAAACAAAAAAAAGCUGCUCCUAGCAGACGUCUGUCUUCUACCCCUAUUUCCAAAACAAAAAGAAACAUUAGUAACAAGCUGUUUUCAGAAGAUACAACUGGAUCAUACCUUGCUGCUUCUCAUCAGAGUGUUGAUCAGCCUCUCUCCCCCAUUCUCAGAACAGACAAGCUUUCAUCUCCUGCAUUGGUUUCUAAUAACUCAGUGCCUUCUUCCACAGUCGCCAGCGAACAAAAAUUGAGUCAUCAAGAACAAACUGAAAAUCAGGACUUUGGUGUCUCUUCAGUGCCUGAGAAGCUCCUCUAUGAAGACCUUGGGAAUCAUGACUCUGCCAGUGAAUAUCAAGAGGACAUUCCAGAAGAGCUUGGAAGCGAUGUGUCAUAUCCCUCUGGGAAUGUUGUUAGUGGGAGCCAUGUCCCAGCCACUGUGCCAGCGACAGUCACUUCACAGCAGGACACAAGUGGAAUAGAAACGAGAACAGUCUUAGAGGGUCAAAGGCAGUCUGAAGAACUCAAAGAAGAGGAGGAGGAACAAAAAUGGGAAAAUGAAAGGAAAGAGAGAGAAGAAAGAAGGCAGAGGGACAGGCACGAAGCUUUGGAAAGAGAGCAAGGAGUACUGGCAAAACUGAAUGAGGACAUGACUGCAAAACAGCCCUUGGCGACUGACGGAAAAAAGCAAGAUGAAGCGGUGACAAAUUUGGAAAUCAGUGUGCAAAAGUGUGAAGACUGUGGUAAUGAUGAUCCUAAUCCACUGGAAAAAUACAUGAAAAUGAUACAGCAGAAUAGAGAGCAAAAGCUUGCAGAAAAGAUUUCCAAGGAAGAAGAGGCCGAGGAAGCAUCAUCUGAGAAACUCUUGGGUAGUGAGGAGAGCAGUUUUAGUGCUGCAGACAUUCUUCAUGAAGAACCUGAUGAAGAUUUCUGGUGAACAUCAACUGGUGAUGGCUUAUAUAAGACUUAGCACAGAUGCUGAUUCACUGUAAUGCUGAAAAACUUCCUUAUGCAAAGUAUUUAAUGAAGAAAUAUUGUAUCUGAAUGGAUUGCUAGUUGUUAGCACAAAGACUGCAGGGUUAUAAUCAAUGCUGAGAGUGCUGCUUGGGGACUGUUACAACACACAAAAGGAUGCCACUUGCUUGAACAGAAGUGUUUUGAACCUGUGUACCAACAGCCAAUUUCAUAGAUUCAACAUAUUCCAAGGUAUGAUAAAAUUUAAGUAAACACAUUUUAAUAGAACAGCAUUGGUGGAAAUUUCUGACUUCAAGAGAUUUGAUGAAAUCUCUCUCACCAAAUAGAUUUUUAAAUGGUACUUUUUUUGACAUUUUGCAAAUGAAAAAUAACUAGUACCCUAAAGCACUUUAGUCUGUUUCUGAGCAAGAUCUUUGAAAAACUUUAGUGCUAUUGAUUUAAUAAGCUUCUCAGGAUCAGCUAAUACAUAGAGGCGAUUCGCAUGAUUGCCCUAGGCGGGUGGGGAGGGCAUGGGGGGAAGGCUGCCUUCACUUUACCUUCCCCCCAGAUGACCAAGCAGAUCCUCUUCGGCACGCCUGCACAGACAGCCCUGCUCCAUACAGCUCCAUGAAGCACAAAGCAGGGCAGAGGGAUCUGGGUCCAGAACUUGCGCAGCACACGCGUUGCAUUGGAGGUUCCCCCAUCAGAUGGGCACUCCAUGCGCCCGUUUCUGUGACUCCUCGGGCUGCAUACAGCCCAAGGAAUCCCACAAUACCCGGUGGCCGGGUUAAGGGUGCAAGAGCACCCUUAACCUUGGCUUAUAGCUGGGUUGAUUAAGGGUUAGGUGGGCAGGCUUAACCCUGCCUGGGGCAGCCCAAACAGGUUGUGAGAACAGCUUCAUAAAGCAGAAGCAGAAGGACACUGAUCAGGAGCAAUUAAGUGGCUAGCCCGCUUGACAUCUAUUUCUUAAAGAUUUGUCUGUCAUACAUGAAUUGAAAUAUGAAUAUUUCUGGGAUGGUAAUAUUAAUAUAAUGAUAGCACUUAGUAAUUGAAUUAAACUCUUUAGUUUUGUAGUGAAAAACUAUUAGUGGAUUUUGUGGGACGUUUUGCAGGUUUAAGAUACUAUUGAAACCAGUGGAACAGUUAAAACAUCUCUCUCUGUGUGUGUGUGUGUGUGUGUGUGUGUGUGUGUGUGUGUGUGUACACACACAUAUAUACAUAUAUAUGUCUGUGUGUGGCAGCUCUGGCAAGCAGAAGCACCGGGUGAUUGGGCAGUUCCAUAUGCAGAUAGGGAGGAGGAUAGGGGGCUGCAGCUUGGCCAGUAGGUGCCACAACACUUCAGCUAUGAGGGGAAUGGAGUAAAGGUAUUGAGGUGUGCAGCUCAGGUGAGGGUGGAGAGAUCUCUGGGGGCAAUCAAGUACUAGCGAGCAGGUGCUCUGCAUGGGUUAAGCUAGUUUAAAAUGGUUCAAAUCAGUUACUGUCCACAAGUUAGUGCACUUGUGCCUCAAAAGUUUGUGUCUGCCAUCUUGAAUUGGGUUGGAUGACAUUGCCACAAUCUAUACCAUUGGUGUCCAUAUGUGUCCCUAUAGCAGCAACCAUUUUGGUUCAAAUCGGUUAGACCAGGGGUGGGUCUGGGCUGGGGAUGAUGGGAAGUUCAAAAACAGCUGGAGGGCCAAGGUUCCCCACUCCUGGGUUAGACAGUCCUCAUGUUAGUACACUUGUGCCUUGAAAGUUCAUGCAUCCUCCAUCUUAGAUUGGGGUGGGUGACAUCACAAACUACGCCACUGAGGUGUCUCUACAACUGUACCCGAUUUGGUUCAUAUUGAUCAAGGCGUUGCAAAGUAAAUGGUGGACACACACACACACACGCCGAGUGAUGGCACCCCACUGCCAGUGAUAUUAAUCAAAAUGGCUAAGAUCCAAAGGCUCCUACAAGGGGCUUACACAAGUCCUGUGAACUUCUGUGCUAUAAGUAGCUGCUCCCUCUCCCCACCAUCAUAUCAUAUAUCACAUCUGGCACUAUAUGAGAGGGGGAUCCUGGUUGGUAUUUCAGCCCUGGGAAAUGUGAGGGACACACCCAUUUUUCUUCUUGUUGGAUGGUACAACUGAGCCUAAACAAAUUAAAACAAAUACGUGCUGUGAUUGUUCCUUCUUAGAAGAGAGUUGCUGUGGAAAGGGGGAUAAAUAAAUUGAUCUAUCCAUUAUAA